AAGUGUGCUAGUUCUGGCACCAGUAGAUGUUGAUGUGCUUUUAGCUGCACUGCUUUGAUGUUUCGCUCUCAUUCUCCCUGUGUCUCCAGUGCGCUCCGGCUCCAGGCUUUGGAGGCUGUCAGCAUGUUGGUGUGUGCACAUAUCCACCCACUGAGAAGAUGGUGCUGAGCGUGAGCUGUACAGCGACUGUUGGCUUCGGCGGCACCUGGGAUCUUUCAGGCUGAGCUGCCCGGCUCCCAGUAUCGGCGCAUCAGUGAAUUAACAGCGCACUGAUCCUGUCUCCUUGCAUCUCCUUAAAAAAAAAUCCCCCGGCGUCUCCUUAUUAUAAUCAAUUUACCCAGCCGUCUCUCUACCUGCCAGCGAGACGUGUCCCUGGAAUCCUCCCGGCUGUGGACCGGCCGUGUUUAUUUCAUGAGUCCCCCAGCGAAUGAAUGACCCCCCCUCCCCCGGCACGCUGAUGCAACGCCAAGCAGCAUCUUAAACGGGACUUUAUCCCGAUUCAACGCAGAUAUAUAACCUUCCUGCUCCUGCCUGCCGUGGGGAUGGAUGACAUUUUGAAGAGGAUAUCGAAGGAAGCGUCUGGAAGCAAAUACAAGCCUUUAAGAGAUGCCUGCACCUUAGCGUGCGAAACAUUAGAAUCGGAAAAUGGUGCCAUCAGACUGCCAACAUAUCAAUUGAGGGAGUGCUGCCUCAUUCCCCUGAAGCUUGCUCUGGAAUCGAAGAACGUCAAACUAGCUCAGCAUGCCUUGGCUGGAAUGCAGAAGCUGCUGGUGGACGAGAGGCUGGUGUCGACGACAGAGGAGCUGGAGGACAGGCAGCUGUUGAACCAGAUGCUGGACUCCAUGAAGGUCACGCCCUUCCUCAAUGAGGACCUGCAGGUGGAAGUGAUGAAGGUGCUGCUUUGCUUCACGUAUUCUUCAACGUUUGAAAUAAACGGCAGUGCCAUCCUAAAGAUUGCUGAGGUUUGCAUCGAGACGUACGUCACCAGCUGUCACCAGCGCAGUAUCAACACUGCCGUGCGGGCUACCCUCAGCCAGAUGUUCGGCGACCUGGCUCAGCAGCUGCGCAUGAAGCAGGAGAACGAGAACGAGAGUGGUCGUGAGGAUUCUCACAACAAAGGCCAGUCGGUCUCCGCUGAAGCGCUCUGUGAAGACGUAGUCUCUGUGCUCUCUGUCCUUUAUGAGAAGCUGCAAAGGGUUGUGAACGACAGCCAACACAUGCAGCUCUUGUACCUGGAGUGCAUCCUCUCCAUGUUCAGCAGUUCUUCUCCUCUCAUGCAUCAUCACAAAGGCUUCACCGACCUGCUGUGGAGGCAGCUCUGUCCGGCGCUGAUAGUCAUCCUGGGCAACCCCAUCCGUGACAAAACCAUCUCGUCUGCCCACGGGGCCUCUUCGGCGGAGAGCGAGGCCACACUUGCCGGGGUCUCUGACCACGGCCGAGGGUCCGGCUGCUCAUCCAUGGCCCCAGCUCUCAGCGAGCCGGUGGCGCGCACCAUAUAUUACAUCGCAGUGGAGCUGGUCCGACUGGUGGGCUGCCUGGAGUCACUGAGACCCGUGUUGCAGUCACUGUAUCAUCGGCUGCUGCUCUACCCACCCCCACAGCACAGGGUGGAGGCCAUCAAGAUCAUGAAGGAGAUUCUCAGCAGCCCCCAACGCCUAUACGAUCUUGCUGGCCCCACGGUGUACGAAGGGGAGACCAGGAGGCGCUCCAGUCAGCGAAGGAAGUCACACUUGGAUCUUCACAAGAUUAUCAUGGAUGGUAUGACGGAGGCCUGUGUGAAGGGGGGUAUUGAGGCCUGCCACUCAGCCGUGUCCUGCGUCUGUGCUCUGCUGGCCGGCCUGGAGCAGCUGAGCCGCGGCGAGGGCCUGUCCGAGGACCAGGUGCGGCAUUUGCUGAAGCACGCGGAGGAGCUGAGGGGCGGCGCCGAGUCGGCCCGUGAGUCGAUGGAGAUCAGCGAGGCCGACUUCCGUUGGCAGCGGCGGGUGCUGUCCACCGAGCAGGCCCAGUGGGAGACCGGAGCGGGUAAAAGCCCAGACGUCAGCAUCAGCGUCACCGCGGAGACGGGCCGCACCACACCGGAGGAGACGGACUGCCCUGAGUACCCGGGCGGGACGGACGCUGCCCAGGCCCCGUGCAGGAUGGAGCCGCUGGGGGCCGAGGAAGGAGACAACCCCGACCCGGUCCACCACAACAAUGGCACCCACCCCUAUGUGGACUUUGCCAACUUCCUGUCGGUCGAUCCCAGGACCGGCCGCCUGCCGGGCUCCCGCUACAGCGAGAGCAACUUCAGCGUGGACGAGCAGGAUGCCUCCAGAACCGAGUUCGACUCAUGCGACCAGUACUCAAUGGCGGCCGAGAAGGACUCGGGCAGGUCGGACGUCUCCGAGAUCGGCUCCGACAACUGCUCGCUGGCAGACGAGGAGCAGGGACACCGGGACUUCCCCGGCCACCGCUCAAUGCACGGAGCCACCCUAACCCUCAAGGUGCUCAGGAACCAGGAGGCUGAUCAGCACAGUGCCCGAAUCUUCGUGCAGUCGAUUGUCACCAUUCUCCCUCGCCUCCUCUCCUUCCCUCGCAUGGAUGAAGUUGACUCUUCACUGCAGAGCUUCGCCUCCGUCUUCUGUUCAGGGCUGCAGUCAGAACUGCUGUGCUCCCCGGGUCUGGACAACGGAGAGGUCAGCAGCUGCCAGACACUGAUGAAUGCAGACGGCCUGUACCUGGUGGCCUUCCACGCCCUGUCACUGAGCCUGAAGCUGAACGCCUGCGACUACUACCGGAGGAAGCCGGCACCCGUCCCCGUCUCGCUGAAAGAGUUUGUGAGGCAGGUGCAAAGCAGUCGGGUGCUGAUGGUGUUGUCACAGGUGUGGAUUGAAGAACUGUACCAUCAGGUGUUGGACAGGAACCUGCUGGGAGAGGCUGGAUAUUGGGGAACAGCACAGGAGCAUUCCCUGCCUUUCAUUGUCAUGUUAACAGAUAUGGAUGGAUUGGGAAGUAGCGCAGUUGGUGGACAGAUGGUUCGUAGUGCUUCAGGACAAUCUCCUCUGGCCCAGGAAAAGCACACUCCUGAUUCAGUAACUGCAGGUGCGUGUUUUGCCCGCUUCAUCCUGAUCGGGUGCUGGAAGAACCUGAUUGACACUCUCUCCACGCCGCUGACGGGCCGGGUAGCCGGGAGCUCCAAGGGGCUGGCCUUCUUCUUGAGCACGGAAGGAAUCAAAGAGCAGAACCAGAAGGAGCGAGACGCCAUUUGCAUGAGUCUAGAUGGUCUGCGGAAAGCAGCUCGUCUAAGCUGUGCCCUGGGCGUUGCUGCCAAUUGUGCUUCCGCCCUCGCGCAGAUGUCAGCGGCAUCGUGCGUUCAGGAUGAGAAGGAGGAGAAGGAAACUCCGGAGAUCACUGACCCUAUAGCUCAAGUGAAGCAAAGAGUGGAGCAGAAGCUUGAGCAGAUUGGGCGUCCCCAGGGUGUUCAGCUACACACAGCGCAUGUGCUGUGCAUGGAUGCGAUCCUCAGCGUGGGGCUGGAGAUGGGCAGCCACAACGCAGACUGCUGGCAGCACGUCUUCAGGGUGUGUGAAUACGUCAGUACAUUGGAGCACAGUCACUUCAGCGAUGGAGGGUCCCAACCGCCCAUUACCAUCACACAAAGUCAACAGGUCUCUGGCUCAGACACGGCUCACCACUUGAACAGGGACCAGAGCCCUGAGCUGGACACUAACAUCGGCAACCCUGUCAUUCAAUCGUUCACCAUCCAGGAGCUGAUCAAGGAGAACUACAAGGGGAAGGCGUAUGACUGCCGAGGAGGAGGAGUGCUGACGGGGAGCAAUGCAGCCAGGGCUGUCUGCACACUCUCCACAAUGGCAGACAAAUUAUUUGAAGACGCUGCCGUGAAACUGAAUCUAAACGCUCUGGUAGGAUUCCUUAAUCAGUUGCGGAAAGCAUCACAGGCCCAGCUAUUUGACUCCGCCACAGAGACUGUGGACUACUCACUAGCUAUGCCAGGAGAGGCCAGGUCCACCCUUGAGCGACGCAGUGCACUGCACCUCUUCCGACUCGGUGACGUGAUGCUGCGGAUUGUGCGAAGCAGGUCGCGGCCCCUCUUGCAUCUCAUGAAGACCUGGAGUGUGGUUGGCCCUCAUUUGGCAGAGGCUGCCUGCCAUAAGGAGCGCCACGUGUCCCAGAAGGCUGUCUCCUUCAUCCAUGACAUCCUGACGGAAGUUCUCAUAGACUGGAAUGAAUUGCCCCAUUUCCAUUUCAACGAGGCUCUGUUCCGGCCGUUUGAGCACAUCAUGCAGUUGGAACUGUGUGACGAAGAUGUGCAGGAUCAGGUGAUCACGUCGAUCGGAGAGUUGGUGGAGGUCUGUUCCCCACAGAUCCAGUCAGGCUGGCGGCCGCUCUUCAGUGCGUUGAAGACCGUGCACAGCAACAAGCCGGACGUGAAGGAGUAUCUGAUUGGUGAUUAUUCCAUGGGGAAGUCCCAGGCUCCAGUCUUCGACGUUUUUGAAGCAUUCCUCAAUACAGAUAACAUUCAAGUCUUUGCUAAUGCCGCCACCGACUACAUAAUGUGCCUUAUGAAGUUUGUUAAGGGUUUAGGUGGUGAUGAUUGUAAAGAGAUCGGGAAUAGCUUCACAGGACCAGGAUCCACUUCCUCUGAUUUGUGCCUUCCCGCCCUGGAUUACCUCAGGAAGUGUUCUCAGUUGCUUGCCAAGAUCUACAAGAUGCCUUCGAAGCCCAUUUUCCACGGGGCUCAGUUCAUCAGCUUGCCCUUCAAAGGUCUGGAGCGGUCAAUGAGCAGCGAGGAUGGGAUCGAGGGUGCCCUCAACGAGUUUGAUGACGACACAGGAUUGAUUCAAGUCUGGAUCCUGCUGCUGGAACAGCUCACCACUACAAUCUCCAAUUGCCCCCGUCAACAUCAGGCCCCAACCUUGGACCUCCUGUUCGAGUUGCUGCGAGAGGUCACCAAAGUACCAGGAUCUGGAUUUGGGAUUUUUGCUGUAACCCAUCUCCUCCUCCCAGUCAUGUCUUUGUGGCUUCAGCGUAACCAUGGAGAUCAGUCCUAUUGGGAGAUGGCAGCUGCCAAUUUCAAGCAUGCGAUUGGUCUAUCCUCAGAACUGGUGAUGGAGCAUAUUCACAGCUUCAUCCAAUCAGACAUUGGCUACGAAAACAGCAUUAACAUGAUGUUGAAAGACCUGCUCAAGCUGCUCGUGUCCUGUGUUGCAGAACCCACUGAAACCAUCUCCCGGGUGGGCUGCUCCUGCAUCAGGUACGUCCUGGUUACAGCUGGACCCGUAUUCACUGAUGAAAUGUGGAGGCUGGCCUGCUGUGCCCUUCAAGAUGCCUUCACAGUCACGCUGGAGCCGGUGAAGAACCUGCUGGCUUGUUUCCAGAGUGGCUCAGAGAGCUUCAGUGGAGACGCUUGUGAAGUGAAGGUAGCAGCACCCUCACAUUCUGCCAGCGCAGAGGCAGAAUAUUGGAGAAUCCGGGCCAUGGCACAACAGGUUUUUCUGCUGGAUACUCAAUGUUCUCCCAAGACUCCCAACACCAGGGAGGGUUUUGAGCAUGCCCAGUCCUGCGUGCUGAUCAUCGAGCUCCCACCGGAUGAGAAACCCAAUGGUCACACUCAGAGAAGUAUCCCAUUCCGCACCAUAGUGGUCAGUUUGUUAUCCCAUCAGGUGCUGCUCCAGAACCUGUACGACGUGCUGCUGGAAGAAUUUGUCAAAGGUCCCACGCCCAGUGAUGCUCCGGACCGGACCGUGGCCUUUGGAGAGGUCAGGCCGGCCGGCUUCUUGAGGUACAUCUCCAUGCAGAACCUGGCCGUCAUCUUCGACCUGUUGCUCGACUCCUACAGGACGGCCCGCGAGUUUGACACGCGGCCCGGCCUGAAGUACCUGCUGAUGAAGGUGUCGGGGGUGGGCGGGGCGGCCAACCUCUACCGCCAGUCGGCCAUGAGCUUCGGCAUCUAUUUCCAGGCCCUGAUCUGCGCCAUCCUGACCAACCAGGAGCACAUCACGGCCGAGCAGGUCAAGCGGAUCCUGUACGAGGCAGAGGAGGAGGAUGACGAGGAGCCAAGCUCGGACUCGUCGCGGCCGUGCUCCUCGGAGGACGAGGACAUCUUCGAGGAGACGGCGCAGGUCAGCCCGCCCAGGGGGAAGGAGAAGCGGCGGUGGAGGGCCCGGAUCGCAUCCGUCAGCAUCCAGCCGGGCAGCAACGCCGACUGGGCCUGGCUGGUGCGGCGGCUGCACAAGCUGUGCCUGGAGGUGUGCAACAACUACAUCCAACUACACCUCGACCUGCAGAGCUGCAGCAGCAGCAGCACCGACGAGCCACCCGCCGCACGCGGUGACCCGCUCUUCUUCCUCCCCUCCUGCCCGUCCGAAGGCUCCAGCAGCCCGUCGGUCUCGGGCAAGGAGACGACGACGACGCCGCUGUCGGAGGAGGGUGGGCGGCCGCGGGCCGGGCAACCGCCGCUGGGCGGAACAGAGGUGGAGGCAGAGCCGGCGGCGUUGCCUGGCAACCCGGGCAGCCCUGGGCCCGAGGAGGAGAAGGCCGAGCUAGGCCGCAGGAAGGAGUGGUGGGAGAGCGCAGGCAGCAGGAUCUACACCAUCGCCACUGACCGCACCAUCGGCAAGCUGGUGCUGGAGUACAAGAGGAGGAAGCAGCAGCAGAACCCAGGCAAGGGGGAGUCAGCGGCAGCAUCUUCAGCGAACGGCAGGGGCCCCGACUCGCCACUGCAGCGGCCCCAGCAACUGCUCGACCAGGGCCGCAUGAGGCACUCGUUCAGCGCUGGCGCAGAGCUGCUCCGACAGGAGAGGAGACCUCGCUCCGGCUCCAACGCCAGCUGCCAAAAUGUCUCCAUGCGGGAUACCGAGGGCCAGAUGCAGGCAUGGACCAAUAUGAUACUGACUAUCCUCAACCAAAUCCAGCUACUCCCAGAUCAAACCUUCACAGCACUGCAGCCUUCAGUGUAUCCGAGUAUCAGCCAGCUCACUUGUCACGUAACCGACAUCCGCGUUCGUCAGGCUGUCCGGGAAUGGCUGGGAAGAGUGGGAAGAGUCUACGACAUCAUCAUGUAAUAUCCACCCACAAUGGGGAAGAAAGGGAAUCUGUCUUCAUGAAGCACAAUGGUUCAGUUUCUGCGUGACCUGCUUUAUCAAUCCUGACAGAGACAUUGCCUCACGAUCAGAACUCAUUACUCUCCAUUUAUUAUCGCUGGCCAUUGGCUUACUCCCUGUGAGAGUCACUUCAACCAAGAUGCCAAAGGAAUUGUACCAAGGAAUAUGCUCUGCAGCGUUGGUGAACACAUAUCAGUUUUUGAGAAGAGGUGGGAGCAUUACAUAUUCAAUAGUUCAAUCUGCAAGAUGUGGCUAUACCACCUCGCCACUUGGUAGUGUUGGAGGAGCGGCGAUCAUGGCUCAGAACAGACACUGUUUGGUUCCAAAUGGCUUACCCACAUGAGUCAAAUCAAAGCUUCAGUCACACGUCCAGUUGGAUGUCCCACCCAUCGGGGCAAUUGUGAAUAUCUUUUACCUGGACACGUAAGCUGAAGCAGAUGGAGGAGGUGGAAGGUCUCCCUACACAUUCUUUUCAUCAAAGUUGAUGCAUGACCAUACUCUUUUUGAAAUGCAAAGUACUUUUCCAGAACGAUACCAACAUUUUGGGCUCAGUUGCUCAAGGCUGCCUGCUCCAAGUAUUGGUAACUAUGUGUAAAGAGCACUGGCUAACAUCUUCCCUACUUUGAGAUUGCAUCCCAUCUGUAACUUCCCCUCGUUCCUUUGUUCCUCACUUUGUGCCCUGGAUUUCCAUUGGACUGGUCUAUCAGAUAGUACUGCUACCUUUGUUGUUUGUUUUAAUAUAAACUGAAAUCUUUGGGUAAAUGUUUCUGCUGCAUGAGUAACUUUCUCUAUAUGGAAGUUAGUAAGAACCUGGCAGUGCAAUUUUACAAUUAUGCCGGUGUGCAGCUUUCACUUAUUCGAUAGUUUCAGAUUUUGCAAAUGGAUGUUCUGGUAAUUCAACAUUAGGUGUAGUUCUGUUGCUUUUUUCCACUUUCAGGGGAUGGGAACAAAUGUUUCACUUUUGGAAACAUUGGACAAAAGUUUUUAUUUCAUCCCCAGUGAAAAAAAAGAAACACAGCAGAGAGAGGCCAUUUAGCCCAUUGCACCUGUGCCAGUCCUUUGUAGGAACUUCUGAGAACCCCAGUCAUGAGGAGCUAUUGCAUUGAUUUGUCACUUGAGGAUGGGUGCAACUAGCCUGCAGUGCUACAGGUGACGCCAUUGAUAACCCUGUUGUCAAGUGCCUUAGGACGUCAACGUUAAAGGCAAUGAGUGAAUGUAAGUUGUUGUUGUUGUUUUGGCUGUUCUCACUGCCCAAAGAGCCACACUAUUGUUUAAUUCCUCACGUGUCCUCCUCCCAGCCUUGUCUGACUUUCAACCCAGCAAAAUCCCACCACAACCUUCAAAUUUGUCCACCAACUCUCCAUAGCUCUUCCCUUCCUACUUGCAUCCUCUUCUCCCCAAGCCUUGAGUACCCCCACUCUGUCCACACCCCACAGUGGCUUUAACUCUUGGAGAGCCAAAGCCUUAGCUCACCCACAUCCCGUGCAAAAGGAUGAGUGUUAAGUCCUGGGCAAACUCAGCAGGCCAGGUGCAAUGCAGCCGUGUUGAUUAUUUUAGACAUUUUCUGUUUUGUAUUUCCACCAUCCACUGUAUUGAACUCAUUCUGCAGAUGCCAAAUUAAUCCACCAUAAUGUAAGGUCAUGUCAUAAGUGAUAGGAGCAGAAUUAGGCCCAUCAAGUCUGCUCCGUCAUUCAAUCAUGGCUGAUCUAUCUCUCCCUCUUAACCCCAUUCUCCUGCCUUUGCCCAUAACCCUUGACAUUCGUACUAAUCAAGAAUCUAUCUAUCUCUGCCUUAAAAAUAUUCAUUGACUUGGCCUCCUCAGCUUUCUGUGGCAGAGAAUUCCAGAUUCACCACCCGAUUCACCGACCAGAUCCGCCACCUUAUUGUGGCUAAAAGGGAACCAACCAGGGAGCUAAUAUUCCCAAAAGCUUUUCCUUCCCCUCUUCCAUCUCUAUUGAUUCUUGCUCAUUCUUGGUGAAGACGUCUUACUUGGGGUAUGCAGCAAAGGCAAGGAAUUGAGUGGCCUGAGGGGCCGAUUGGUCGACUCACAAUCCCAAACAGUGUGUGAGAAGCCAUAUAUAUCCCUGUUCUGUUGCACACACAAUCCUGAUUUAUCAAAAGAUCACCAGACCUUUAAAUCCUGGAUCUGUCCAAACAGCCUUGUGGGGACACCUCCACCAGAAGGACGGCAGCAUGUCAGGGAGCCAGCUCACCAUCAUUUUCUCAAGAGCAAUUAAGGAUGAGCAGUGAAUGCUGCCCUUGCUCAUAAAACCCACAAUGAACCACCAGGUGGCGCCAACAAUCAGUCUGACCUUUCCUGCUUCGUGUUUUAAAUGUAUGUGUUAAAUGUAUGUUUGUGCUCUUUAGCUUGUAUGAAAAUGUAUGUUUAUAGCGUUCUUUCCCUUGUUUUAUGUAUGGGGUGGGUAGGGGGAGUUGGGGAAACGUUUUUUAAUCUUUUACCUCAACGGAGAGGCGAUUUUUGUUUGGUUCAGUAUCAUAUCUCCAUCCUCACUGUGGACUAACAUUGAGGAAUUGCGGUCUUUGCUGGAGACCGAUUUUGCGAGCUCCACCGCGGGGAGCCUACGGGACUUUAACAUCACGGAGCCCGCAAUCCCUUUGCCAGGGUUAACCUCAGAGCUCCAACCAUGGGUGCUUGCGGACUUAACAUCACGGAGCCCGCGGUCUCUGGUCAGAGACUGUUUUUGGGAACUCCAAGCCACGGAGGCUUCGAUCGGCCCAACGCAGGAAAUUUGAUCACCUCGGCGGAUGGAUCAUCUGCUCCGGAGAAUAAAGAGGAAGAAGAUUGUACUUUUUUGCCUUCCAUCACAGAGGAAUGUGGAUGUUUAACUUUUAUGUAGUUGUAGGUCUUGUUGCUUUUUUUACGUAUAGCUGUAUGGUAAUUCGUAUAUCACUGUACCUUAACUGGUACAUGUGACAAUAAAAGACCUUUGAAACCUUAAUAAUAACCACAAUAACCCUUAACAUACUCACAUGCACCAACUCUGUCUAAUAUGUUGUCCAGUAUGGCUAGUCAGUCCCUCCUUGGCACUGGCUAUGUUAGCCAUGACUCCUCCUGCCUACACUAAAGGUGGAAAUCUUAUAAUUCUUUUCGCCCACCAGCCUCCACUGUCACCAACACAAACGCAGCACCAACUGAAACCGAGGAAAUCUAUUAUGCAACGGCGAAGGGUGUCACCAACGUAAACUAAUCACAAUGGCAUCAAAGAUUAGACCACGGAAAAUAUAUUAUUGGUAUCCUGUAUGUAUUAACUUUGUUUCUCUAAGAUUAUGCACUUUUUUAAAGCUCAUCAACUCAAGUGGGUUCCAUGACUAGUAAUAAGUAUUUUGCUAGUCAAUAGUAUUAAAUUCUGUCAGAGUCCAAAAAGCUCCUGCACACCGAAGAAGGGUCUCGACCCGAAACGUCACCCAUUCUUUCUCUCCAGAGAUGCUGCCUGCCCCGUGAGUUACUCCAGCUUUUUGUGUCUAUUUGCACAUCGAGACCCGUGCUGGCACUCUUUCCUCCAAGCCACUGGCAACGUGUAACCAAAACUGUUGGACCGCCAAGAUUCCCCACAUCUGUUGAGGCGCAGACAGUCUGUCAUCUCACCGAUUGCUCUUCCAGUCAUCUAUAGCAAAUCUGACAAAUGGGAAAGGUUAUGGAUUCAUAUCUCACCAAUAAACUUGUGCUGCUCCAUGUGACACAGUCUGGUACAUCUAAAGUGUAAAGUAUGUAACCAAGCUUCUCUCUGAUGGAAAGAUCCUGAGAUACUAUUUUCAAGAAGGAUAGGGGAACCCUGACUUAUCUUGGAACCCUGACGCAUCUUUAUUUCUCAGUUAACAUCAACAUAAUUAUCCGGUCAUUAUUACUGUCUGUGGGAGCUUGCUCUGCACACAUUGAGUGACACAUUGUGACUGAACGUCAUUGACUCUGAAACAUUAGGAAGAUGUGAACGCCACUAAAAUGCAAGUCGUCUUCUCUAAUUUUUGUUUCUGCCUCCCCCACUAUUACGAGCAUCUUAGAAGCAGUCUCUCAAAGCAACGUAAGGUUAAAGGAACACAAUUAUUUUUCACUUGCAGCCUUAUCCAAACUGUAGAGACUGGCAAGUGUUGGUAAAGAAGUCUUGACAAGUUACUUCGGUGCAUUUUAUCGUUGGUACACCAUAACUGCUGUUGAAUAUCAAGAGUAGAUGGUUAGACCCAGACUUAUUAGAGAUCAUUGUCUAUGUGAAUGCAACUUACCAUUUAGUAGCUUGAGCCUGAUGGGUUGUCCAAGCCUUGCUGCCAAUGGGUAUAGACAAAUUCAUUAUCUGAUCAGUUGCCAACUGAACACUGCUGGUUAUGAAUGAAUACCUCCAACCUUGAAUGUGGCAAGGGAAGGUCUUAAAUGAAGCAACUGAAAAUGGUUGACCCUAGGAGACAACCCUGAGGAUCUUCUGUGACGUCCUGAAAGUGGGGUGAUUGACCUCCAACAACCGCAACCAUCUUGCCUUGUGCGAGGGACAAAUCCAGCUAGAUAUAUUUUCACAGAUGGAGUAAAUGUAGUGUUUAAUAAUUCCACACAGAUCGACACUUCAAAUAUUCAGUGAUGCAUCUGGGCCGCGUCUUAAUUCAGACCUUGCCACAUGAAACUGUGUACAACAUCUUCACAGCCCUCAUUCAAUCCUGUUCUCACAGUCACUGUGAAAUAAUUAAUUUACUUUUUAUUUAUAAAGUAUUUGUGCUUUCCAGGCAUUUCAGUUCACGUUUGGCUGUUUGGAAUUUUGCUGUUGGUAUUGCUUAAUUUAUGUCAUGAAAGCCAUAUCUGUAUGUAUAUUUUUGCUCUGCCAAUAGUAGUCUGAUUAUGCCACUUUACUUUCAAAAUUACAUUCUAAAAAGCAAUUAUGAGAUGAAUUAUAUUUAUGUUGCUUGUAUUGUCAAAUAAAAAAUGCAGGUGCACAUUUAGAGCUGAGUUUUACUGCGGCUAGUUUUCUUUUUGUUUUCUGAGUAUUCCUGCUAUUGAGACCUCAAAAUUAAAUUAUUUCAACA